AUGAUAACCGUUCACCGAGAUGCGAGCUCGAAAGAAGUGCCUCUCUUCCAGUCACCCACCAAUUACACGAACACCGUCUCUGCAUGUAUCGGACCACUUUAUUGGUUCAAUGACUGGAUUCGUCUAAUCAUUUUCGUUGAAUAUUGGAAGUUUAUUGGUGUCAGCAAAAUUCUUUUAACUCCAAAUGUGAUCUCAAAAGAUGUCGCCAAAGUAAUCGAGUAUUAUAAAGCUCAGGGAAUCAUCGAAACGCAUGGUUGGCCUUUAUUACCAUUCACGGAGAAAGUAGAUCCAAACUAUGGUGUUCACUAUGUGAGCGAUAAUCUUGACACACAACAUUGCACUUUUUGGUCGAAAAAAAUCGAACCAAGCUCUUUGACUUUCUCGAAUCGUGGGGCAAGAAGAAAAAGGAUUUGGGUGGCC